GGGCCGGGCAGGGCCGGGCUGGGCUGGGCACGGCGGAGCGCUCCGGCGGUGGGCACGGCAGCGGCGCAGCCCCUUCUCAGCCCAGAACCCCGUCGGCCGCCGCGGAAGGGACCGCGUCAGCCCCGCGGUUUCGGCCAUGAGGUCGGGGCGAAGAGGCGGCACCUGUGCGGGGAGGUGAGCGGAGCAUCGGCACCUUCCUUCUAUCCGGGCAGCCUCAGCGACGAGCGAAGAGGAAGGGCGGAGGAAGGGAAGGGAAUUUUGAUGAUGAUGAUUAUUUUUUAAAAAUCUAGCUGUGCAUUUUGGUGCGAUCAAUCCCGACCCCGCAACAGAAGCCCCCGGAGGGAGAAGUGCUGCGCGCUGUGAUGCGUCUUCCUCUCGUCUCGGCUGCCAGAUUGGAUUGUAGCACCCAGCUCCGUGCGCUGAGAGAAUGGCUCGGUUCGGGGAUGAUCUACCAACACGCUAUGGAGGUGGAGGGCCGGCCGGGGCUGGAAGAGGGAGCAGCCGGCAAGGUGGCCCCCAAGCCGGCCAAAGGAUGUAUAAGCAGUCGAUGGCUCAGAGGGCCCGGACUAUGGCUCUCUACAAUCCCAUCCCUGUCAAACAGAACUGCUUCACAGUCAACAGAUCCCUCUUCAUCUUCAGUGAAGAUAAUGUUAUACGGAAAUAUGCCAAGAGAAUAACAGAAUGGCCUCCAUUUGAAUACAUGAUUUUAGCUACAAUCAUAGCCAAUUGUAUUGUGCUGGCUCUGGAGCAACAUUUGCCGGAUGGAGACAAGACACCUAUGUCAGAGAGAUUGGAUGACACUGAGCCGUACUUUAUUGGAAUAUUUUGUUUUGAAGCUGGUAUAAAGAUCAUUGCUCUGGGGUUUGUUUUUCACAAAGGCUCUUACCUCCGAAAUGGUUGGAACGUGAUGGAUUUCGUUGUGGUCCUCACAGGGAUUCUAGCAACUGCUGGGACCGACUUCGACCUGCGGACCCUGCGAGCCGUCCGUGUGCUGCGGCCGCUGAAGCUGGUGUCGGGAAUCCCAAGUCUGCAGGUCGUCCUCAAGUCCAUCAUGAAGGCAAUGGUGCCUCUGCUUCAGAUUGGGCUGCUCCUCUUCUUUGCCAUCGUGAUGUUUGCCAUCAUCGGCUUGGAAUUCUACAUGGGGAAGUUUCACAAAACCUGCUUCUCUAAUGAGACAGGUGAAGAGGUGGGAGAUUUUCCUUGUGGAGAGGAGCCUCCUGCCAGGCAGUGCGAGAGUGGGACCACCUGCAGGGAAUAUUGGCAAGGGCCCAACUAUGGCAUCACCAACUUUGACAACAUCCUCUUUGCUGUGCUCACCGUCUUCCAGUGCAUCACCAUGGAGGGAUGGACCGACAUCCUCUACAAUACAAAUGAUGCUGCAGGAAAUACCUGGAACUGGCUUUACUUCAUCCCUCUCAUCAUCAUCGGCUCUUUCUUCAUGCUCAACUUGGUGCUGGGCGUCCUAUCAGGUGAAUUUGCCAAAGAACGAGAGAGGGUAGAAAACCGUCGAGCUUUCCUGAAACUCCGUAGGCAGCAGCAAAUAGAACGGGAGCUAAAUGGAUAUUUGGAGUGGAUCUUCAAAGCAGAGGAAGUCAUGCUGGCUGAGGAAGACAAGAACGCAGAAGAGAAAUCUCCUCUGGACGGGAGGGCCGCCUCGGAAGGGCCGAUUCAACAAGGCACGGCACCGGCAGAGACUAGCAGCGGCAGCAGCUACAACAUGUUGAAAAGAGCCGCAAUAAAGAAGAGCAAAAACGACCUGAUUCAUGCUGAAGAAGGUGAGGACCAUUUCACAGACAUUUGCUCCGUUGGGUCUCCUUUUGCCCGUGCCAGUUUGAAGAGUGGGAAGAAUGAGAGCUCAUCCUACUUCAGGAGGAAAGAGAAAAUGUUCCGCUUCUUCAUCCGGCGCAUGGUGAAAGCCCAGAGCUUCUACUGGAUCGUGCUCUGCGUGGUUGCCCUCAACACGCUCUGCGUCGCGAUGGUGCACUAUGAUCAGCCAGAGAAACUCACCACUGCUCUGUAUUUCGCCGAGUUUGUUUUUCUGGGUCUGUUCCUUACUGAGAUGUCUUUGAAGAUGUAUGGACUGGGACCAAGAAAUUACUUUCAUUCCUCAUUCAACUGCUUUGACUUUGGGGUCAUUGUGGGAAGCAUCUUUGAAGUCAUCUGGGCUGCAGUGAAACCUGGUACCUCGUUUGGCAUCAGCGUGCUGAGAGCUCUGCGGCUGCUGCGGAUUUUCAAAGUCACCAAAUACUGGAACUCCCUGAGGAACCUCGUGGUCUCCUUGCUGAACUCCAUGAAGUCCAUCAUCAGUUUGCUCUUUCUGCUGUUCCUCUUCAUUGUGGUGUUUGCUCUGCUGGGGAUGCAGCUCUUUGGAGGGCAGUUCAAUUUUAGAGACGAAACACCAACCACGAAUUUCGAUACUUUUCCAGCUGCCAUCCUCACAGUGUUCCAGAUCCUGACUGGGGAGGACUGGAACGCAGUGAUGUACCAUGGCAUAGAGUCACAGGGCGGUGUCCACUCGGGGAUGUUCUCCUCCAUUUACUUCAUCGUCCUGACGUUGUUUGGUAACUAUACACUCCUGAAUGUCUUCUUGGCCAUCGCCGUUGACAACCUGGCCAAUGCCCAAGAGCUGACCAAGGAUGAGGAGGAGAUGGAGGAAGCCACCAAUCAGAAGCUCGCCCUGCAGAAGGCCAAGGAGGUAGCAGAAGUCAGCCCCAUGUCUGCAGCCAACAUGUCCAUAGCCGCUUUUGUAAAGCAAACUCGAGGUACUGUAUCUCGCAGCUCGUCAGUCUCCAGCGUAAAUUCACCCAAGCAGCAGAACUCCUCCAAAUCCAAGUCGGUUUGGGAGCAGCGAACCAGCCAGAUUCGGAUGCACAAUUUCCGAGCCAGCUGUGAGGCUCUGUACAAUGAACUGGACCCUGAGGAGCGGGUGCGCUACGCCACGACCCUACACAUCCGUCCAGACAUGAAGACCCACUUGGAUCGGCCACUGGUGGUGGAGCCAAGGGGUGAAGGGAGGAACAACAUCAGCAAGCUGAGCCCUGUGGAUAUGCAGGAGGUGGAGCAGAUCAAGGUCAGCUCUACUGAUGGAGCAGAAGCUCCUCGGAAGCAUCACCGGCAUCGGGAUAAGGAGAAACUGGGAGAGCAAGAGAAAGGUGAUGUGACCAAAGAUGAGAAUGGGGAAUCUGGCAUCAACAAUAAGGAGGAGAGGCACAGGCAGCACAGAAGUCACAGCAAGGAAGUGGAAGGGGGCAGCAAGGAAGGGAAAGGUGAGCGCAUCAGGGGCCUGGAAGGAGGGAAGAGGCACCAUCGCCGGGGGUCGGUGGAAGAAGGCGCUGAAAAGGAGCACCGGAGGCAUCGCACGCACCGGCACUCUGCGGAACGGCAAGGCAAGGAGGGCAAUGGGACCAUCAAUGGGGCCAGGAGCGAGCGGAGAACCCGGCACCGUGGAGGGUCGAGGUCUGGGAACCGGGAAGGAGAGCCCGGCUCCAAGGGUGAGAAUGGAGAGGAGCCUCACAGACGGCACCGGUUCAGGAGCAGGGCGUUGUCGACGUACGAUUCGGUGGAGAAGGAGAACAGGGAGAAGGAAGGGGAGACUGCUGAGAAGGAGCACCAGAAUCAUCAGCCCAAGGAGAAUCAGUGUGAGAUUGAGGCCAGUGGGAGUGUGAGCAUCCCUGUGCACACCCUUCCCAGCACCUAUCUGCAGAAAGUGCCGGAGCAGCCAGAAGAUGCUGACAACCAGAAGAACGUGACACGCAUGAUUCAGCCGCCUCUGGACAAAACCACCACUGUGAACAUCCCUGUCACCAUCACUGCCCCGCCAGGAGAAACCACCGUCAUUCCCAUGAACAACGUUGAGUUUGAAAGUAAAGCGGAAGAGAAGAAGGAUGUUGAUGACUUGACAAAAAAUGGGCCUAAACCAAUCUUGCCUUACAGUUCCAUGUUCAUCCUAAGUCCUACGAACCCGAUCCGGCGUCUCUUCCACUACAUCGUCAACCUGCGCUACUUCGAGAUGGUCAUCCUCAUCGUCAUUGCCCUCAGCAGCAUUGCCCUGGCAGCAGAAGACCCCGUCCAAGCAGAAUCGCCGAGGAACGAUGCUCUGAAGUACUUGGAUUAUAUUUUUACGGGUGUCUUUACCUUCGAGAUGGUGAUCAAGAUGAUUGACCUGGGGCUGUUACUCCACCCUGGCUCCUAUUUCCGUGACCUGUGGAACAUCUUGGACUUCAUUGUGGUCAGUGGGGCCUUGGUGGCAUUUGCCUUCUCAGGAACCAAAGGCAAGGACAUCAACACGAUCAAGUCGCUGCGGGUUCUGCGGGUCCUGCGACCACUGAAGACCAUAAAACGGCUGCCAAAACUAAAGGCUGUCUUUGACUGCGUGGUGAAUUCCCUGAAGAACGUCCUCAACAUCCUCAUUGUUUAUAUGCUCUUCAUGUUCAUCUUUGCUGUCAUUGCUGUGCAGCUCUUCAAAGGCAGAUUCUUCUAUUGCACCGAUGAGUCGAAAGAGCUGGAGAAGGAUUGCAGGGGUCAGUACCUUGACUAUGAAAAAAAUGAGGUGGAGGCGCAGCCCAGAGAAUGGAAAAAAUACGAGUUCCAUUACGACAACGUGCUGUGGGCUCUGCUGACACUUUUCACUGUCUCCACAGGAGAAGGGUGGCCAACUGUGCUGAAGCACUCAGUGGAUGCUACCUACGAGGAACAGGGUCCCAGCCCUGGCUACCGAAUGGAAAUGUCUAUCUUUUACGUGGUGUAUUUUGUUGUCUUCCCUUUUUUCUUUGUGAACAUCUUUGUGGCGUUAAUCAUAAUCACCUUCCAAGAGCAAGGAGAUAAAGUGAUGUCAGAAUGCAGCCUAGAGAAAAAUGAGAGGGCCUGCAUUGACUUCGCCAUAAGUGCCAAGCCGCUGACCCGCUACAUGCCUCAGAACAAGCAGUCAUUUCAGUACAAGAUGUGGAAAUUCGUGGUGUCCCCUCCCUUUGAGUAUUUUAUCAUGGUCAUGAUUGCACUCAAUACUAUUGUUCUCAUGAUGAAGUUCUAUGAUGCUCCAGAAGCAUACGAAGAAAUGUUGAAAUGCCUGAAUAUUGUCUUUACAUCCAUGUUUUCAAUGGAGUGUGUGCUGAAGAUCAUUGCCUUUGGUGUGCUGAACUAUUUCCGAGAUGCCUGGAAUGUCUUUGACUUUGUAACAGUGUUGGGAAGUAUUACUGAUAUUUUAGUAACAGAGAUUGCGGACAACUUCAUCAACCUCAGCUUCCUGCGGCUCUUCAGGGCAGCAAGACUUAUCAAACUCCUUCGCCAGGGUUACACUAUCCGCAUCUUGCUCUGGACAUUUGUGCAGUCAUUUAAGGCCUUGCCUUACGUGUGUCUUCUCAUUGCAAUGCUCUUCUUCAUCUAUGCCAUUAUUGGCAUGCAGGUAUUUGGAAACAUUGCACUAAAUGAUGAAACCUCCAUCAAUCGGCACAAUAAUUUCCGUACCUUCCUUCAAGCCCUGAUGCUUCUGUUCAGGAGUGCCACAGGGGAAGCCUGGCAUGAGAUCAUGCUGUCAUGCCUGAGCAGCAGGGCCUGCGACCCGCUCUCUGGCCUCACCAAGAACGAAUGCGGCAGCGACUUCGCCUAUUUCUACUUCGUGUCGUUCAUCUUCCUCUGCUCCUUCCUGAUGUUGAACCUGUUUGUGGCUGUAAUCAUGGACAACUUUGAAUACUUGACAAGAGACUCCUCCAUCCUUGGGCCCCAUCAUUUGGAUGAGUUUGUUCGUGUCUGGGCUGAAUACGACCCAGCUGCCUGCGGGCGCAUCAGUUACACAGACAUGUAUGAGAUGCUGAGACACAUGUCCCCACCUCUAGGCCUUGGAAAGAAAUGCCCUGCUCGCGUUGCCUAUAAGCGCCUGGUGAGGAUGAACAUGCCCAUCUCACCCGAGGAUCUGACAGUCCACUUCACCUCCACGCUGAUGGCCCUGAUCCGCACUGCUCUGGAAAUCAAGCUUGCCUCAGGGGGUGUUAAGCAGCACCAGUGUGAUGCUGAGCUGAGAAAGGAGAUCUCUCUGGUUUGGCCCAACCUGUCCCAGAAGACACUGGAUUUGCUGGUGCCUCCUCACAAACCUGAUGAGAUGACUGUGGGGAAGGUCUACGCAGCGCUCAUGAUAUUUGACUUCUACAAACAGAACAAGAACAGCAGGGAACAAGUCCACCAGCCUCCUGGGGGGCUCUGCCAGCCCGGACCGGUGUCACUCUUCCACCCCUUGAAGGCCACUUUGGAGCAAACCCAACCCUCAGCCUUCAGCAAUGCGAAGGCAUUCCUGCGCCAGAAAAGCUCAGCCUCGCUCAACAACGGGGGCACAUUGCCAGCCCCAGAGGGUGGGAUCAAAGAGUCCAGUUCCUGGGGGACCCAACGCACCCAGGAUGUGUUUUAUGAAACCAGGACACCAGCUUUUGAACGAGGCCACUCAGAGGAGAUCCCCAUUGAACGGGUGGUGGAAAUGAGGGAAAUCAGCCCCACGCUUGCCAAUGGAGAGCACCAACCAGGGCUGGAGAGCCAGGGUCGGGCAGCUUCCAUGCCGCGCCUGGCUGCCGAAACUCAGGGCCUGAUUCAUACAGAAAGAAGCGAGCAGCCCAUGGCUGUGAGCCAUUCCCCAUUGCUCUUCGUAUGAAGCAGAACACGGAAGAUGUGCUGCCCCUCAAAACUCAAAGGCCAUGUAUUGCACAGGUGGAAAUGGCUCCAACAGAUAGAAAAACUUUGCCAGUGUGCUUAGGCUGAUGUAAGCUAUGCUUCACUGGCUAACAAAUUUCCCAGCUGACGUCAGAAACUCCAUUUUUUGUAUGAGAGCUCCAGCAAGUCACUAAUUAGGAUCUUGUCUCCUGGGAUUCUCUGAGUUAUCAGCAACACUAAGCAGGACACUUACUGAAAGAAACAGACCCCCAAACAAACCAUACUCCUUCCCUCCAGCCUUCCCAAAACAGAGUUGUCCUUUAUCCUAGACCUCCAAUAGCCUUCCAGUGCAAUGUAGUGACCAACAGCAAAGCCAACAGUGUAAGCCUUAUCUUGGGAAACUCUAUUGCAGCAGAUAUGGCUGAUUCAGGUUUUAGCAACCUUCUGGGUUGCUUUCACUGCACCUUGCAGCUGCAGUUUUCUCUGAGGAAGAGUUGAGCUGCUUCUUCGUGCACCUGAUGGCUGGACUAGAUGAUCUUAGUGGUCUUUUGAACCUCAAUGAUUCUGUGAUUUAUGACCUCUCCAGUGCUGCCUGGUCCCACCCAGACCAGAGUGGUCCCAGCAGUGUCUUCCCAUGCUGCUGGGUAACGCUCCAACACAGAGACAAAGCCUGUCACUUUCCACCACUCCAUUUUUCCAGAAGUGUUUGCUUGCAGGAGCACAGUACUUUUCCCCCAGAGCACGACUGCCCUCACCAAAGCUCUCUGAUCUUAUGAUGAAUCAGGCCCGUAAUAUCUGAGCAGAUCUAACCUCAUGUAAUGAUGUAAUGUUCUGGUGUUGUAGCUUCAGCCAAAUAACCAAUGUCCUCUCUGUGUGUCUCCCCCUCCCUCCCCCCAAUUCUCAUCUGUUGCUCCACUGCCCCAAUCUUUGAGUUCCUUACAACUCUUAUUUGCAAUACGUUCCCUUUCCUUCUGUUUUCUGGACAUCUUAUUUAUCUGUUAUUCCUCCAUUUUUAAAAUUAAUUAAUUAAUUUUUUUACACUCCCCUCUUAAAAACAAAUCCCUUAUGCUCUCCAUUCCCCUGCCUCUUUGCUGUCCUGCUCCCCACCGCCUCCCCUCCCACCCUCAUCGUGUCUGCUGCACAUCUGCUGCGGUGUCUGACAAUGGCUGUACUGUGGGGCUGCUUCAAAUAAUGUCUCUCAUCUUGUCCGAAUUGUUUGCAGAGGAGCAAAGCACGGUCACCUGGGAGUUACCUAGCAGUAUGUAGUUUGCACUAAGUUGUAUCCUAUUAAAUCCGUGUUAAGAAAUGAUUAACCUUCCUUAACCCUUUACUUCUUUCCCUUCUCAUUUGGAGUACGAUGUUGCACCGAUGCAGCUGCUGUCUCUCCCCACUUUGCUGCCAUCCCUUCGAUCCACAACUGCACGCUGCACGCUGUAAUAGCAGGGGUUUUCUUCGUUUUGCUUAUUCAUUUCUUUUCGAUGCCUUGUUGCACAGGGAUUUAGGAAGUGAAAACUGCCAGUUUGGUAAUGAAGAAGCGAUUAGUCACUCUGUGAAGGGUUAUGGUAUGGUCUCCUGGGGCUCAUGUGUGUGCCGCAUUAAUGUAAUGAGAGCAUUGUUGGGGUUUCUGGGGAGGAUGGGCUUUGCCUUGCUAAGAUCCACCUCCUGUUUGUGUCAGUGAGGACUUCUGUCCCAGGAAUAAGCACAGAAUUGGGUCCAAAGAGAAAUGUUCAUUUCUUAUGGAUUUGGCUGGCUUUUUGUUGGGAAAUGCCUGUCUUUCUGGUAGCUCCUAGGAUGACCUAGGAAACCCUGUUGAAUGCUUUUAGUGAGAAGCAUUUUUGUUUCUUUACCCACGUCAGUGAAUUCCCAAAUCUGACUGCCAGUUUACGGUCCUCUCCCACUUCCUCCAUCUUUAGGCUCAAUGGUACAGAAGUGGGCAAAAAGCAAACAAAAAAUGAACAAAAAAAGUGAAGGACAAAAGUGAAGCCCUAAAUAUGAUUUCUUGCUUCUACAUAGUGUACAUAGGAAGGGCUGUGGGAGGAGAGCAACGAAGCAGCAGCUUGCCUUGCUCCUGUAGCUGUGCACCGCUGGGCAAACAGCAGUGUGAUGCUGUGUCCCCACCUCAGCUGCCCAACCGUAUUAUACUUCCUCGUGUCCAUGACAAGCUUUCCAGUUCUAACGCAGCACUGUGAUGGGAAAAGUCAACACUUCAGUAACUUGAAAGAGAGAGCAGAAACUAAAAAUUCAGCUGAGAUUGCACCUCUGCAUGCACAGUGGCACGCUGGGAGGAACAGAAGCUCUUCCUCUCCAAAAUACCAACUGGGGCUGCAAUCCAAACAGCUCUGCUUUAUGUAAAUAUCACGGGGAAGCAGAGCUCUGAAAUUCAGGCAAAGCAGGCAGAAGAGUAUAGAUGGUAAAAAUAAUGCAGGGCUCACUGGAAAGGUUACCAUGAGCAAAGUAAAUGUUCUGCUGGCAUUGUCAUUUGGGGCACCUAUUGGAUUGAGAACCCAAACAAGCCUCAAACCAAAGGACAUCCUGAGCUCCCUCCCCAUUCUGCUGCAUGGCUUCCCUCUAGCAAGAAGCCUAGAUGUGAUGACAGACCUCGGGAAGCCAGCAGAAUGUGGAUGGAAGCCCUGUAUCCACCUGAGAGCACUCUGCAAAGCAGCUGGAGACCAGUAGAGUGAUAGAGAAGGAAACACAGGGAUUUCCCUUGUUCUCUGAAUUUUACACCUCAACAGGAAGAUAAAAGGAUGUGAGAGCAUUUGUCUUGCAGCCCAUUUACCUUGUGUUCUACAGAGCAUCAUUGUGAGGUUUGAACCCAAAGGGAGGAGAGCAGAGGCUGGAGCUUUCGCUGGUGUAGAGACAGCACCCAGCAGCGCCUGUGGGAGGCUGGAUUGCUGUGCAGAGCUCUUGUGCUUGGCCGUCAAGCCAAGAUGGUUUGAAAAUUGCAGUAGCAACCCUGAGUAGUUAUUUCUGGAGAUAUGCUGGUAAAAUUGCAGAGUAUACAUGAUGUCCUAUCAUUGCUCUUGAUGCCCUUGUGGCUGGGACAAGCAGGACAAGAGGGGAGGUUUAACAGUUUGAUGGAAGUGGUUUUCAGGUGCAGGAAGACAGCUGUAGCUCUUUGGUGGCUUAGCCUGUACCUUGCCCAUUUUUUUUUUUUUAUUUUUGAUUUUUCUCCCUCUCCAUGCGAUGCCCAGAAAUGCUUUCAUGCUUUCCCUCUUUGGAGUUGCUUUGGGAUGAUCCCAGGCCCUGAAGCAGCUUUGGGUGGAACUGGUCUUGGAGAAUAACCUUUGUGAGACGCUUGGCUACUGUGCUGCCCUGUGCCCCUGCUCAUCUCCUGUUGACUCCCAUGAGGCUGUGUGUGGUGUGACGUGCUGCAUCCCUGCUCUGCGCCCUGUGGAUUGGCACAAAACUGAAAGUAAAGCCCAUUUCAGCAAAUGGAGAUCUCAUUUGCUCCUCGAACUUACCGCUAAGUCCACCGUUCCAAGUUCUUCUGCCCGUUCCAAUUAGAGCCAAUGAACUAUUUUUCUCCUGCCCCUCCUUGCCCCUGUCUAUCUCUAUAAAACUGACCCGGUGCUGAGAAACGAGCAGCUGAGCAAGGUGAGGUGCUCGUCCCCUGACCCUGCUCCGUGUGCCCUGUG